UUGAUUUCAGAAUCUAAAUUCUAAAUUCUAAAUUCCUCCAACUUCUCCGCGACUUCACCACCAGAGCCUCCAUCUUCAUGCGGCUGCUGAAUUCAACACUCUCACUUUGUGUUGAUGGGGAUCACAAAACCUCCCUGCACUACUUCUUAUGCUUCCCAUUCCGAUUUAUACGCCGAUGUUCUCCAAUCCGCUAUCAAAUCCAGAGACCCUUUUGUCGGAAGAUCCGUUCAUGCUCGAAUAAUCAAACACGGCCUUCACUUAGGUGUCUUCUUGAUGAACAAUCUCCUCAAUUUUUAUGCUAAAACUGGUUCCUUCUCUGAUGUUCACCGCGUGUUCGCUGAAAUGCCGCUGAAGACCAUUUUCUCCUGGAACACCAUUCUGUCAGCUUAUGCCAAAAGGGGGAACUUGGAAGCUGCACAGCAAGUGUUUGAUGAAAUUCCUGAACCCGAUUCUGUUUCCUGGACUUCAAUGAUAGUGGGGUAUAACAUGUUGGGUCGUUUUGAUAAUGCCAUUCAUAUGUUUCUCAGGAUGAUUUCAUGUGGAGUGUCGCCAACCCAGUUCACAUUUACCAAUGUUCUUGCUUCAUGUGCUGCAACUGAAGCACUGGAUAUUGGUAGAAAGGUUCACUCCUUCAUUGUAAAACUUGGAUUGUCCAGUGUUGUUCCUGUGGCUAAUUCACUUCUCAACAUGUAUGCAAAGUCAGGUGAUUCAGUAAUGGCGAAGGUUGUGUUUGACCGGAUGAGGCUCAAAGACAAAUCAACUUGGAAUACUAUGAUUUCGAUGCAUAUGCAUUUUGGUCAACUUGACCUUGGACUUGCCCUUUUUCAGGAAAUGACUGAUCCAGACAUUGUCUCUUGGAAUUCGAUCAUUACGGGAUAUACUCAUCAAGGACAUGAUGUCAAAGCCCUUGAAAUUUUUUCGCUUAUGCUUAGCAGUUCAUCUUCAAAGCCAGAUAAGUACACCUUGGGAAGUAUUUUGUCAGCUUGUGCCAAUCUUGAAAAUUUCAAACUUGGGAAACAAGUCCAUGCAUACAUGGUAAGAGCUAAUAUAGACAUAUCUGGAGCCGUGAGAAAUGCUCUGAUCUUAAUGUAUGCAAAGUCUGGUGGCAUUGAGAUUGCUCAUAGGAUUGUAGAUAUUACAGGUAUCUCAAAUCUUGAUGUUAUAGCAUUCACAUCACUGCUAGAUGGCUUUGUCAAAAUUGGAGAUAUAAACCCAGCAAGAGAUAUAUUUGACUCAUUAGAAUUUCGAGAUAUAGUUGCAUGGACAGCCAUGAUUGUAGGUUAUGCACAGAAUGGUUUACUUAGCGAUGCUUUGGAUCUCUUCAGGAAAAUGGUUAGAGAAGGUCCAAAGCCAAACAACUAUACUUUAGCAGCAGUUUUAAGUGUCUUUUCAAGCUUGGCUUCUCUUGAUCACGGUAAGCAGCUUCAUGCAACUGCCAUAAGAUUGCAAGAAGCAUCAUCAAUUUCUGUUGGUAAUGCUUUAAUUACCAUGUAUUCAAGAUCAGGAAGCAUCAGAGAUGCAAGGAAAGUAUUCAAACAGAUAUGCUCUAACAAGAAUAAAUUGACUUGGACUUGCAUGAUUAUAGCUCUAGCUCAACAUGGUCUUGGAAAAGAUGCUGUAGAACUGUUCGACACUAUGCUGAAACUUGACAUAGAGCCUGACCAAAUUACUUAUGUUGGUGUCUUGUCUGCUUGUUCGCACGUGGGAUUGGUACAACAGGGUAAGAGUUACUUUAGUUUAAUGAAAAAUGUUCAUCAGAUUGAACCCACCUCUAGCCAUUAUGCUUGCAUGAUUGACCUGCUUGGGCGUGCUGGAUUGCUUGAAGAAGCAUAUCAUUUUAUAAAAAACAUGCCUGUUGAACCAGAUGUUAUAGCUUGGGGUUCACUUUUGGCUUCUUGCAGGGUUCAUAAAAAUGUGGAUUUAGCUAAAGUGGCAGCUGAAAAUUUGCUGCUUCUUGAUCCCAACAAUAGUGGGGCUUACUCAGCACUUGCUAAUACGCUUUCAGCUUGUGGAAGAUGGAAAGAUGCUGCUAUGAUUAGGAAAUCAAUGAAGGACAGAGCAGUAAAGAAGGAACAAGGAAUCAGCUGGGUUCAAAUCCAGAACAAGGUCCAUAUUUUUGGGGUUGAAGAUGGGCUUCAUCCACAAAGAGAUGCAAUAUAUAGAAUGAUUUCAAAAAUAUGGACGGAGAUAAAGAAAAUGGGCUUUAUUCCAGACACUGAUUCUGUCUUGCAUGAUCUAGACCAGGAAGUGAAGGAACAAAUCCUUAGACACCAUAGCGAAAAACUCGCUAUUGCAUUUGCUUUGUUAAAUACUCCAGGAUAUGCCACACUGAGGAUCAUGAAGAACCUUAGAGUCUGCAAUGACUGUCAUUCCGCCAUAAAAUAUAUCUCUAAGCUUGUCGGUAGAGAAAUUAUUGUAAGAGACUCCACACGUUUUCAUCAUUUCAAGGAUGGUUCAUGUUCAUGUCAGGAUUACUGGUAGAAGAAACAGUGGAAUUUCAUGAAGAAUCCGACUAGAACUGAUGAGUAAUUUACAAGUAUAUUAAACUGAAAAUAUAUAAAUGUACACAGGAGCUUAAAAUCAUUCACUUUUUUAGAUGAGUUUGCCUGAGGUCUGACUUCAAGUGGACGCGCGCUAGAAUGCUUCCGAGACAAUCAAAUGCUUGUGUUCUUGUUCAUGCCUGUCAAGAUAUCUUGCAGUUGAGGUCUAAUCUUACCAAAUUGGAGGCGGCACAUUUUCUAUAACCCUGGAUUUGAAUCAAUCAGUUCAGAUAAUUCGGUGGUCUCUCUUUACCUAGUCUGCUUUGGUUCAUAGUAUCCACACCCAUUUUAAUUGACUUUCAAUUCUUGCAUCUGAUUCAUAGGCCUGAGGGAAAUGAUUUUUCAUUUUUUUUUUUGGGUAUAUUGAUGACAGUUAAUCAUUGUAUUACUCAUAGUGGCUUAAGGGAAAUGUAUCCUAUAGGAAUGUAGUUUGUAGCAAGAUUAAUAACAUUAAGACGAGCAUAAAAUAUGUAGGUGUGAUGCUCUGUCGAUAGUAUAUCUGUAAAGCACAGAGUAAUGAGUAAUAUGUAAGAUGGAAAUAUACAAGAACAUAAUUGACAGA